AUGCGCUACAGAUUUUGGCGUUAUAGAUUUGGCCCGAGACAAUGCUUGGGUAAGAACGUCGCCGAUAUUCUGAUCAAAGUGCUACUUGCGUACAUGGUGGAAGACUAUGACUUGAGCUGUGCAGUGGGAGAUAAGUUAAUCGAUGGAAAGAUGGAUCGUGUGGCCGAUACAUGGAUUGCCUCGAGUAACGCUACUAUCGCUUGCGAUAGAUUGAGUCCAAGCGACAAGUAG